CCACGCUGUUUCUCGAAGACUUCUGACUUCAUGCACCUAGCUACUCAGUCAAUCCUCCAUUGCGAUUGAGGUCCCCUGAAGAUCAAUGUUCAGCAGGCUCAACCAAGUAGCCAGACACCUCACGCGACCCCUGCCAAACUUUUCACACCUCUCCGCAGCCAAUCCGCGAUCUCCAUCGAUAACGUCAUCGACCAUGGCCGGCGUCACGACGACACAGCAGAAGUCGCUCAUACAUACGGCGGCAUGUUUGAUCAUUGGUGACGAAGUAUUGGGCGGCAAGACAGUGGACACAAACUCGGCAUACUUGGCCAAGUUCUGCUUCUCACUGGGUAUCAACCUCCGGCGCAUCGAAGUGAUUGCCGAUGACGAGGCCGAGAUCAUAGAAGCUGCGCAACGCAUGUCCAAGAACUAUGACUUUGUAGUCACAUCGGGAGGAAUUGGUCCUACACACGACGAUAUCACUUACCAAUCGAUAGCUAAAGCGUUCGGGCUACCUUUGAAACUACACGAGGAGGCGUACGAGCGCAUGAGACGACUAUCAAAACCUCACAAAUCACAGCCCAACUUUAGUUGGGACACUCCUUCCGCCGCACUGACAGCGAAGAAGCGUAUGGUCGAACUGCCACUGGACGACUCAAGACCUUAUGAGGACCAGGUCGUGUUCGUAGACGACAAUUUAUGGGUGCCUGUCAGUGUUGUGAAUGGCAAUAUCCAUAUAUUGCCUGGUGUUCCCAGAAUCUUCGAGUCCAUGCUGGAUGGGCUGAAACCUCGCUUGCUACCUAGAUUGACCGAUCCAGAAGGAAAGGGCGUUUACCGGAUUUUGAUAUCCACUCCCAUGGCUGAGAGUGCAAUUGCAGAGUACCUGACGCAAUUGGCGAGCAAGGCCGAACCCAAGGGAGUCAAAGUAGGUAGCUACCCACGCUGGGGCAUGGAAAACAACACAGUCACACUUGUCGGUCGGGAUGUAGAAUACAUGGACUCACUCGUCGCCGAGGUGGAAAAGGCUGUCCAAGGCCAUCGAGUAGCGGUCGAAGGGGAGGACGAUAAACCAUCGUCUGACACAGAGGCGGGCAAACUAAAGUCCGGCUAAGCGGAUGUCUGGACACUCUCCGCUGUGCGUAUGUACAUACAUAGGAGAGUGAUGCUGGGUCAGGAUCAGAGGGAAACAUGUCGUUGUCAAAAUAGAAAACCGAGGUUGCUCGACAUGAC